AUGGAUCAAAAACAAUGUCCAUCCUUUCUCGAAUACGCUCGUUUCCAUGGAAUUGCAACCCCAUCCACUACUGUUAAUCCCCUGGAAUAUAUCGACCAGAUACUCGAGAACAGCCCUUCCUCCAAAGAUGAAUCUUCGCCUGCUUUGAACAGUCAUACUACGCCUCCUUGGAAGUCCAUCGAGCGACUGCUUAACAGCGAAAAGCUCAAUCUGGGUAAAAAUGACGCCCGACUUCUUUCAACGGUGAUUCGCGACUCGAGAGCAGAGCGCGUGGAAGUGAAUUGGGACGACUGCCUUCCGUCAUUACCUAGAAUCGAGGGUCUCAAAGUCGAGCUUCCUGUUCUUACUACCCAUCAUGAAUCGGAAAUAAAUGCUCUAACGAGCUCUGUUCGUUCUCGUCGUGGAAAUAAAGCGCUGCCGUUGCUGCAAACCUGCCUACCAUAUUCCCUGCCAAAGUCCUCUACGAGCUUCAUUACGAGCCACGGAAUUUACGAGAAGACCAAUAUAGAGAGACUCAAUUGUACCAGAGAGUCCUUUCUUUUGAUUCAGAAUGCUAGGAAGUAUGGGGAUAUCAGCCCAGCUAUGGAUUGUCUCGAGACUCAUUUACUGGCAUAUGAGCAGGCGUUUCGCGAACCGGAUCUUCCUCUUACCCCAAUCGACUUCGACGAGUUAUACAGUCCAUCGCCUAGCCCGAAGCCGCAGAUGCUCCCCAGUCCCGUUUCCUCGACUCCUAUCAAACGACACGAAUCGCCACUUUGUUUACAGAAGACGGGCACAUUGACCUCAAUACCUCUAGAGUUUGGUGAGGGAGAUAAAAGGACACGAGGUUCUGAAGACGAGCAGUCUUCUAAUGCGCAACCCGAAGAGGAAGUGAGGUCUUUUCAAGAAUAUCCGAUGCCCAUUGAGCACGCAUCUUCUGGUCCCAUGGAGGGGGGAAGUAUAGAAGGCUAUGAAAAUCUAUUUCACCCGCCAUAUUCAACUUGGAACCUCGCCCAAACUGUGGUUUCAACACGGCCCGAAGUUGAACUCGCUCCUGAGCAUCACUUUAGUGCACGUCGACAUCCUACAUCCUUUCCGUCUACUCUCCAGUCAUAUCCUUGCUUCACAUAUCAAGAGACAGUGGACGAUGGAGACAUCGACGUUGACUAUUCAGUUGAGGUCGAACAAGGAACCCAGGAUUUCGUUGAAGGGGAGAUUUUAGAAACGCCAAAGCCACUUGAGACCAGCCAUGGAGGUAAUAUAGACAGUACGGUCGUCGACAGGAACUGGUGCGAGUCGAACAUUAGAGCAAACAAGCAGCCUAUCACAGCAAACGAUAGCUCCCAUAAUGCGACAUUGAUACCUGACGGGCCAGCGAUUGUUGGCGAGACUUGCCGUCAAAAAGCGCAGAAAUGUCUGGAUCAAACGCCCAAUCGUCAACAGAAAAGGAAGAAGGCAAGAGAUGAUAAUAAGCUCAGGGGAAAACAACACAGAAAUGGAAAAAAGAGGGCAACAAUGCGACCUCCAGCCGAAAUCCAGGGCUCAGACUUGUCAUCACCAUCCACGGCACUGGGCUCCUUGCCUGCUUUCAUGGAAAUGAGAGGCAUAGCGCCUAAGCGACGAGUCAACGCAGAGAGUUCUUAUAUCGCAACCAAGAAUAAGCAACCGAUUGAUGAUCGAACAGAGCGUCAAAAGUCCAUGGUCGUGGUAUCAGAUCAAUACGCAGAACCAGUCAUGCAACGCGAGGAACGAGUUUCUAUUUUAUCGAACACUUCUGCAUCCCAGCAUAUCCCCCAAUACCCAAGAAACAACCAAGAACCUCCAUUACUCUUCCUAUCAACAUCACUCCUCAAGUCACACCUCCGAUUGGCACGAAUCCUCGAAAACACGAAAGAUCCACCACCCACACUCAUAUACCGAGACUAUGACACAAUCAACCACGAUCUCGAACACGAAGCGGACAUCGUCAUCUCACCUUCAACAGGUGCAAUACUGACAACAUCCCAGGCCACGACACAGCUAUACCUCCCGGGCCACAAACCCGCUCAUCCACACCUAGAUGGCAUUAAGGACAUCAACUCACCUCUCCGGGAGCGCAUCAUGCUCCUAGCCCCGCGAUACGAACGUCUCUACGUCCUUAUCUCCCACUCUGGAGGAACAGCUAAGAAGCAACCCACGGCCGACAAGCGGACGCUAGAAUCUAUUACAUCGCUCACGGCAUUCUGCAACUCUGCAUCGGUACAUUCAACUAUUAUCCCGCUGAUAAUCGCGCCAUCCACACCGGAAACUAUGGCGCAAUGGAUCCUAGGGCUCGCUUACAAGCAUUCGUUUCGACUACUGGAGACCAGUGUGCCGCGGAGUAUUGGCUUUAUGCCUAUCAACCCCAGUAUCAACAAGCCAAGAGUUGAUCCAGCGAUGGUUGAAACCGAGACGCAAUGGGAGCUUUUUCUCCGUCGUGCUGGAUUGAACCCGUUUGCUGCGCAGGUUGUCUUGCUUGCGUUGAGGAGGGAGGAAGAGAAGCUAAAAUUAGGUUCUACUUAUGAUCAGGGCACAGUUUCAGCACUGUCGAGGUUUAUAGAGAUGUCAAGUGAGACGCGAAGACGUCUGUUUGCAGGAAUCAUUGGGGAGAGAGUGCUGAAGAGAGUAGAGGAUAUAAUGGAUGAGUGGCAAUGUGACUGGGCGCUUAACUUUGAUGCUGUAUAA